UGGUGCCGUUCCAAGCCCAACACGCCCAGACAGACACAGAAAAUAAACAGCACUGGGGAAAGUGUAGAACGCGUUGUGGGCGUGAAGCUGAUAAGGUGUGUUUCAUCAAACUGAAACUGUCGGGAAAGUGGGAAAUCAGUGUUUGGGACUUCGGCCGCGAGGGCAUUCGUGUUUGACACAAAGCGUUGACUGGAGAUUGAAACAGCAGAUGACUGAAGGGGGCCACAAUUCCUGUUCAGAAACCUCACAUUCCAGCGAAAGGAUGGGCGAGACGGCUGUGAAAGACGAUGGGACGGUCACCAGAUCAGCGGAGUAUGUGGGAUCCUUUCCCAUUGAUGACUGCUGUUUGGAUGACCAGAUCCAGCAACUGCAUCGACAGCUCAAGUCUCUCAAGACCUGCAAGCGAAGGAGAGCUGUGUCCCUGAAGUUCUCCAUCCGUGGCGUGAAGAUGUAUGAUGAGGACGAGACGACCCUCCUGAUGGCCCAUGCACUGUGUCGAGUGUCUCUCUCCACCGCCCGCCCCUCCGACGCCCAGUUCGCCUUCAUCUCCCACAACCCUGGUAGCCCAGACGGACAGCUCUACUGCCACCUAUUCAAUGCCAGGCACGCCAGAGCGGCCCAGUUCCUGAACCUGCUGCUCUGCCGCUGCUUCCAGCUGUCUUACCUGGAGAAGCACCCUGAGGAGUCCCAGGAGGUGCCUGCAGGACCCCUCCCCCGCCGCAACCCCUCCCUCCUCAACCAUGGCUUGCCCCUCAGUGUCAGCGCCCUGGUGUCCUUCAGACGAGCCCCGACCAGUGGCCUGCUGCCUUGGGAGAAGGUGUUUUCAAAGCCCUCGGAGGAACCUCCGAGCAAACACGAGGACGUGUUCACCUCCUCUCCGUCCUUGGUGCGCUGCAAGGCCAUCCGCAACAAAUGCCUCCGCUCGGGGGCCUACCGCUCCUUCACCUUCACGCCCCUCAAACAGCGGCUCGCCCAGGAGCGCCUCAACUCGCCGCAAGAAAAAGUGCAGGACAAAAUGCCAGUCCGGAGGAGCCGUGCCCCCAGCUUAGCUGAGACAGAAGAAGCCCUGGCACAGGCAGUGUGGUGCUGGGCUGGCAUCUCCACUGACAGCAGCUCCACCCUGCUACUGGAGGAUGUGCUAGGCUCCUACCUCCUCUGCCCCCACCCCAGGAGGCCUGGCUGUGGCUCCCUCACCUUCCGAGCCCCCCUGGGCCUGGCCACUCACGUCUUGGAGAACACCCCCAGAGGGACAUACCUGCUGGAGAAAUGUCCCACAGAAUUCAGCUCCCUGGCGGCCUUGAUAGACCACUACACAGAGAUGCAGGGAGAGCUGGAGUGUGCUCUGAGCUGUGCCCGUGUGAACCACUGCUAUGAGUGGGAUGAAAACACAGGCCACAAGGCCCAGACUGUCAGACAACACACUGGCCCCAAGAGGAACACUACUAAAACUGCCCUGCGGAAACAAUGGGUUUAAAUAUCCACCGUCUUUUAGUUUGCACUGGGAUGUGGUGACUCACUUCACUUUACUUUGGAAAUGCUUUAUUUAGAUGGGGCUAUAGAUAAUUUACAGAUGCUAGUUAAACAUCAAAUUUUUUUUUUUUUACUGGGUGAAGGGUUAGUAGUGGAUGUUUGUUAAUAGUUGUUUUUAUUUGUUCUAUGGAAUAUCUUUAAGGGGAGCCUCUAAAUGUUGUUGACCCUGGUUUGUUUCUUUACUUGGAGCACUUUGGGUAAUGUUGGGAGACUAUUAUAUGGGAACAUUGGUGAAAAAAAUCUCACAUCAAAUUAUGUUUAUCGUUUGAGAAACACUUUCUUUUUGUAUUUUAUCUGGUUUUAAAUAGUAACUUACUAACUUUAAUCAUCAUUUUUUAAUUCAUUCAAUGUGCAAUUGGUGUGUCAGAAUUCACUGAUAUAACUGUUUGAGCACUUGGAAUUGGUGUUGCCAUUUCCCAAAUGUGUAUAUAUUUUUUAACUUUUAAUAUUACUUGUGAAUUCAAAGUUGUUUUUACUCUUUUUCUACUCCUAGAUAAAGGUCAAAAGCUUUCAAUGGACAACGUUGAAUGCCGGUAGCACAUAUUUUCAUGACAAAAGUAUUAAUAUAAACGUUUGCCAAUGGAACUGCAUUUUGUGAAAUCUUUUCAUGAGUAUUGUGUAUUUCACUGCAUAAAUUCCAAUAGGUCUAUAACUAAU